AUGUUUGUUCUUCCACCCCCACCUCCCCGCUAUACCAUUCCCAUCGCCUACGCGGCGGGGGCAGCAAAUGGUAUGGCGGUCCCAGUUGUCGAGACGAACAAUACCAUCAGCCACCCGGACUGCCCAUUACAGGUUGGAGAAGGAACCUACACACUCAAAGAUGAUCUCCUCCUAGCAACACCUCCCCCUCAUCCAUCCGAGGCCCCCAUUAUCAAUCCAAACCCUCUUGCGACUGUCCCAAAUCCUCCCACAUCCGGUGUUAAGUUGUCGUUGGUUAGCCUCGACCCUCGCAAGAAACCUCCAACAUACCUCAAAGCAGUCUCCGCUCCCCAAUUUGGAGACGGAAACCCCGCGCUCGCCCCACCAGCACCACCAGCUAAGGAUGCACUGAAGCGCCGAAAGCCGAAGAAUAAUAUCAUUAAGAGCAGCUCCUCCUUUGUUUCGCGAGUUAUCACCCAUGAAACAUCAGCCAAAAGACUGGGUGAUCGCGACCCAAAUGGAACAUUUGCAUUCGCCAACAUCAAUCGUGCAUUUCAGUGGCUUGACAUCACAUCAAUGUCUAAAGAAGAACAUCUCACAAAGGUCCUGUUUACUAAGUCCCACAUGUUGUGCCAUGAUAUCAAUGAAUUGACCAAGACAUCCUCUCACUUGGAUAUUGUGAUGGGAUCUUCUGCUGGUGACAUUAUUUGGUAUGAGCCAUUGUCGCAAAAGUACGCUCGCAUUAACAAAAACGGCGUGAUCAACAACUCACCUGUAACACAUAUCAAAUGGCUUCCUGGAUCUGAGAAUCUAUUUAUGGCUUCACAUGCGAAUGGAGUCUUGGUGGUCUAUGAUAAGGAGAAAGAGGAUGCCUUGUUCUCGGCAGAGACCAUUGGUAUCCCAGAGAGAGACCCCAGCCAGUAUCCCUUUGAGAUUCUGAAAUCGGUCAAUUCGCGAAACCAGAAAACUAACCCUGUUUCAUCGUGGAAGUUGGCAAGUCAGAAAAUCUCUCACUUUUCAUUCUCGCCAGAUCAGCGACACUUGGCGGUCGUUAUGGAAGAUGGCUCUCUCCGUCUCAUGGAUUACUUGAAGGAAGAAGUUCUGGAUAUUUUCCGCAGUUACUACGGUGGGUUGAUCUGUUCCUGCUGGUCCCCCGAUGGCAAAUACAUCGUCACGGGUGGUCAGGAUGACCUUGUCACUAUCUGGUCGUUCCCCGAACGCAGAAUUGUGGCUAGAUGCCAAGGUCACAAUUCUUGGGUGUCGUCAGUAGCCUUCGAUCCUUGGCGCUGUGACCAGAAAACCUAUCGAUUUGGCAGCGUCGGUGAUGACUGUAGGCUCCUUCUUUGGGAUUUCAGUGUUGGGAUGCUCCAUCGGCCUCGUGCGCAUCAUCAAACAUCUACCAGGCAACGCUCUAGCAUUGUUGCGCCGAGCUCCCAAUCCACUCAUCGCCACCGUGCCGACAGCUGGGGUAAUCGCAUGAGAUCUGAUUCCGAAAGAACCGAAAACACCUAUGACGAUUUGGAGCCAAUGACCAGCCAUCCUGUUGAGCCUCGAUCACGGACAGCUCUCCUGCCUCCUAUUAUGUCUAAAAUUGUCGGCGAAGAUCCUAUUUGUUGGCUAGGAUUUCAGAGGGAUUGCAUCAUGACAUCUUCUCUUGAAGGCCAUAUUAGAACCUGGAAUCGCCCUAAUGAAAGCGUGGUCAAGUCAUGA